AAAAAUAACAAAAAUGCUCACAAAGUUGGUUAGUUUGGGUAAGAUCAACUCAAUGUGCUUCAGAACAGUCUAUCAAUACAAUGUGUUUGGUGCUCCUUUCGAAGGAUUGGAUCCAGCAAAACACAUCUACAUGAAUAAGGGACUCCAAAAUUGUAUUAUUUCCAACUCACUUUUCUAGAAUAUGAUGAUCUCUUCAGAUUGGGAGAUUAUCCAUACGUGAAUGAUUACCCUGUGAUGAUUGAUUCCCAAUAGUACGUCCCACAAAUUGCUUCAUUGGUGGAAUCUCAUGUCAAAUAGAAAUUCGUAAGACUUGUUAUCUAUUACAGCAAAAUGCAACAUUUACUGCUGGUGAGUACAAUAAUGGCGAUGUCUGGGCAGCAACUUGGGAAGAGCUUGGAGUCAACAAUUUCAAAGUCUUGGUUCCAAAUCUUUUAUUGAGACUCUCUGAAAGUAUUCCCAAUCAAAUGAUAUCAUUUUAGCCAUCGUUGUCAAAGAAUCAAAAUGGACAUGGACUAAAGAAUAGAGAUACAGAUUACACGUGACUCAAACUGUACUUGGACCAUAAAAUUAUACUCAAAUGCCUACUUACUAUUUCAUUAAUGAUUACAACUCUGUUCUUUGGAUGCUAGCAAGGUAAUCCAACAAUUGGACCUCUCCAGCAAUCAGAGGAGUCCAAACCCCAUUAGAGAAAUAAUUGGCCUAAGAUUUAUAACCAAAACCCAAGAUUCAAUCAUUAUUCAGAGACAGACCUGAAAAUAAUACAUUCUUAAACAGGUUGCUAAAAGCAGUUCAUCAAUGAAUAUCAAUAAAAUAAAGCAUAUUACAGC